AUGGCUGACUUGGAUCAAUCUUCUAGUAAUGAUCUCUCUGUUGAUUCUACAGACAGCAGCCAAGAUUCUAAGCUUGAAUUCUCAGAAGAUGAGGAAACUCUUAUCACAAGGAUGUACAAGCUGGUUGGUGAGCGGUGGACUUUAAUUGCUGGGAGGAUUCCUGGAAGAACAGCUGAGGAAAUUGAGAAGUACUGGACUUCAAGAUACUCUACAAGUCAGUAA